CCGAAACUCAUCCUGGUCUUCCAGAUCUAUUUUUAAAUGUGUGCGCACGCCUAUCGAACCUGUUUAAGAUACAGAAAUUAUAGGCACAACAGCAGUUUUUAAAGAGCUGGUAUGGCGACAAUCACUGGCGUGGAUUUAUUGCUUUGUCUUUCAUUGUUGUUAAUUUUAAUUGGAUUUACACGCGGCGGCUGCAACAGGAAUGUUGGCCCCGCGGGUUCAAAUGAAUGCAUUCUGGGUCGACCUUACUACAGCAAGUACCAGUGGGCAACGUGUCUUACUGAUCAGUAUAUCAAGACUUACAUAAAGGGAGCCCACCUGUGUAGAGACACUUCUGCGACUUACUGUUGGUAUCAGUGUAUGGUAGAAGUACAUGAUAUUGACGAAGGACCCGUAUAUGACGAUUGCGCAUGCGGAGCAGAUGCCCCACGAAAUGUUACAACACAGCCGACCGUUGUGACGUCAGCCAUCCCGGACUGGUGUUUCAGUCCAUCUGGAACAGAAUGCAGCUGGUACAGGGAUUGUCUCGAGAAACGGUAUCCAUGUAAGGAAAAGGGGAACUCCUAUGCCUUGGAUUACGCAGAGAAGUUUUGCAAGCUGUAUCAAAACCAUUAUUCUGAAUUUGAUGACAAAGGACAGCAAUGGAUCGAUGCUGUUAGGAAAUGCCUACAAGUUAAGCUUGUGCCCAUCCUUAGGCCAUUUGUAAAGACGACGUGCGAAGGAAUCAAACAAACUGCAUUUGAUUCUCAUCCUGGUUGUUACCUCCAACCUGACGAAGGCAAGCUGUCUAUUUGUGACAUAGGUUUCGCGAACUGGGCGCGAGUAUUUUGGACUGUUAAAAGCGCAGUCAUUCAAGAUGCCAGAGCGACCUUCAAACAGAUGUUAGAUGUUGUACAGGCGUGUGGUACUGAACUACUGAACAAUGGGAUGGAGCUUAUAAAACUGAAAAUGAAGCAGACGAAAGAUGCAAUACAAAGAAGUUUAGAUGAAAUUGCAGAAAAUGUUUCAGAUAUAAUUUCAGAAAAAAUGGACUGGUUUAUAAGAGGGAUUAUGCAUUUCGGAUACCCCGCGCAAAACAGAUCGAAUCGUAAGAAACGCGCCACUGUAAACGACACUGAUAUUGACAGCUUUUACAUCAACAUACUGAUAGCUGCAAGCUUUGAAUUUGAUCUGAACGCCGAAAACAACCCUGUCGCAAAUAUAUCAGCUGAGGCGAUCGAUGUUGCUAAAGCGAUAGAAAACGGUGAUGUGCGGGUCAAGAUGGAAGAUGGAUUGGAAUUUACGGAACUGAGUGUUUGCUCUAACUACAAUUGCACUGAAACCUCUCUACAAGUAACCCCAGCUCCGCCAAAGGAGGUAGAAAAUGGCGGUAUUACUUCAGCCACCGUUAUCAUUAUUGUGGUUGUGACGACAUUUGGUAUAGUCCUUGUGGUACUGGCCGUAAUUGUGCUGCGAAAAAUGCGCAAGUGUUAAUUUUUUCUCCCACAUUUAAGAAGGUACUGGAUGAUUUUUUUCAUCGUCAAGAUGUACCGAAUGCUGACCUUUGUCUGUGUCCGCAAAACAAACUAAUAAUUUGAGAUAUGUUUAGAAUGUAUGAUUAAAUUUGUGAGGUGUGCGCUUAUGUGGACUUGAAAUCGACAUUCUGCCUCGUCGCGAGGAGUUGUCGACAGUAUGGAGACGGACUAUUUCAAGUUGUGCACGUAUGUUGACUCGAAGUCGACAUUCUGCCACGUAUUAAAAAGCUGUUGAGGUUGGGGAAGGACUAUGCAAAUUUUAUAUCUGUGGGUUUUGUGCGUAUGUGAACUCGAAGUCGACGUUCUGUCACGUCUUGAAAAGCUGUUGACACUACGGUGACGAACAAUUUCAGUUUUAUAUUUGUGUGUUGUGCCCUUACAUAAACUUAAAAUCGAAUAGUUGUCACAUAAUCUCUUUGGCUGUUUAUUCUAAAUCUAACCAUGAGUUAUUUUCUAACCACGAGUUAUUAUCAUGUUGUCUCGCCCGCAUGCACUGAACAAGACAAAGGACUGAAUAAACACUGCUUUCUGAGGUCCAAAAGCUUUCUUAGGACAAGCACCACUUCAUGUUUAUGAAUGUUUUAACAAAAUAAAGACGAAUUUGCAUUUCUUAAAUAUACUCUGUAACUGGAGUGCAGAUAUCAACAUUUUUUAAAUUAAUGUAAGAAUAAAUUAUACUGCUUUACUAUAAUUUGUACAACUAUAAAUCACUAGAAUACAUGCACUGUAUUCAUUAUCGGUUAAGGUCGGUUGUGUUGAUCGCAGUAAGUAAGUAUUUGAGGACUGUUUGAAAAUUUAGCAAAUUCAGCAUUUAUGUAUUUUUUUUUAUCAAACAGCGUUAAAACUGAGCGAAUUUUCGAACCCCCUGAAAAUAACUGUAUACAUUUGUACAUAGAUCUCAAAAAUCGCAAUAUAAAACCGCUAUCAUUAUAUACCGAGGUACAAAAAUGUAAAAAUCAAGGACAAAAGUACAAAAAGGAAAACCACAUAUUAGGCGGAAAUACAGCACUCCACACUCCGCAUGGAAAUAAGGGUAUUUUUCAGACAAUUAAAUACAAAUGAAUACAAUAUUAAAAGCAAGUAGACAUUAACCAACAAAACCUAAGGAACACGGCAAGGCAUCACCUCGGACCGGUCAGUUGCAAAACCACCACUGACGAGUUUUAAGUUAACCAACGUUAAACCUAUAUAUUACAGGACAGUGUAAAUAAAUUCACUUCCCGUCAAGUGAACCACUUGCACAUAUAAUAGUAACCAUAGAAACACAUUGUAAAACAGCUGAAAGAUAUAAAUCAAAACCCCAUUGCACCAUAAACGUAUGUGCUUAGUGGUCCCCUAACUCACGGUACCCUGCCCAAUUUGAUUUAUCUUCGUUUGUACGAUAAUUGAGCCGCACCAUGAGAAAACCAACAUAGUGCGACCAGCAUGGAUCCAGAUCGGCCUGCGCAUCCAUGCAGUCUGGUCGGGAUCCAUGCUUUUCGCUUUCAAAGCCUACUGCACUUAGAGAAACCGUUAGUGAACAGCAUGGAUCAUGACCAGACUGCGCGGAAGCGCAAAUGCACUAUGUUGGUUUUCUCAUGGUGCGGCUCAAUUAUAUACUUUAAUCCGCUCUGUCGGACUUGGUUUAAGUUACGUUAUCACAAUUUCGCUACACGCUUUCAGAGAUAAAUAAACUUUUUAACCUUUAGGCUACACGGAAGUUGCAAGUGUAUCCUGAGGCAAAAGCAUUUUUUUUUUGUUUUGUUUUAUUUUUGUUUGCUUUGCAUUGUAAUAAACAUAUCAUGUUAAAUUUUUAACUCCUGUAAACUAAACUAAACAAGUUUACUUGUAUUUACAUUUUCUUUAAAGAAUACGUACAUGUUUGAAGACAAUGACAUCCAGAUUUUUGCUAAAAAUGAUCUGUCUUUAUAAUUGAAGUUUAACAUCAGAGCAUUAGAUUUUGAAGUAUAAUUUAGAGUCUUGAACUUAGAGUUUUUUAAUGAUAUAAAUAAAAAAAAUCUGCUAGGUUCACUUUUUUUUAUCUAUACUUUAUUUAUUGGAGGAAAGACUGUGUCUGUUUUGUUACAAUAACCAGAUUGAAAGUGAAACUCAUUUUCUGGUAUCUUGUGAUAAAUACACAACCUUGAGAACUAAUACAUUUAAUGAUAUAAACACUUCACAGAACAAUUUAUCUGAGACUGAUCUAUGAAUUUUAUUAAUGCAGUCAUUUACUAGAAAAGUAGCAAAAUAUAUUGUUAAAGCAUUCCUAUUAAGAGAUUUAUUAUAUCGUCAAAAUGCAUACUUUUAAAUAUGCUUUAUGUUUGUAUCAUAUCCAUUACUUUAUGAUUAUCAUGUAAAAUUAAGGGACGUGAAUUUUGUAGAUAUAGUCCAGAUAUACUCCAUACCUUAUCUUGUAAUUGUAAACUAGUAGUGUUCUUUUGAAUUUUCGUUUCGUUUCAAGACCAACACUUCUGUUACAAUAUAUUUUAACAGUUCAAUUUCACAUCUCAUUCUUAUGUCUUUUUGUUUCGUAUAAGGUUGAUGUUUGUGAUAAUUGUACAAAUAUAAUGAAAUAGUUAAUCGCACAUGUAGUAUGGUAGUACGUUUUGUGAUAAUCAUUGCAAUCAUAAACUGUAAUAUAGCUAUAGUUAAGGAUGAGAGACAUAAUUUAAUAUAGAAAGUCGCUUUUUGCAAUUUAUCGUUGGUGUUACAACAAUGCUAUAAAUAUAAUCUGUGUAGUAUUACUUCAUCAGAUAAAACUUCUCAUUUACAUUAAGUACACUACUUUUUUCUAUUGAUUAUCCUAAUACUAAGCCUUAUUGAUCCAUAUCACUGACAGUUAACUAAGUUGAUUUAAUUAAGUCUUCAUUCAUAUGGGAGCUUCAUUUCAUUGUUUUAUUCUAUGAUUGUUACAAAUUUUAUAAUCGCCAUUCUUAGAUAUUCAUGUGCAAUUAAUUUUGAAAAUUGUAAAUACAUGUACAUUAUAAACAAGGUGACAUAUAGGUCCAUUGGUCCGGGUGUAAAUUUCAUGUUUCUUGUUUGUAUGUAUCAUAUCAUUGUUGUUACACAUGUCACUAUAAUAAAUGAAUUU